UUUUUCAUAUCAGCAGUAAGGCUGUUUUGCUUUCUUAUCAUUCAUGUGUUCACUGGAGCAACACUGUUAAGUUCCUUCAAGAACUUUUCCUUUUCAUUUGCGACAAGGCUAACUAUUUAGGGCAAGAGGCCUAUCUCCACUUUUGACACGCCUUCCUCACUAAGCUUAGUCACUUCUAGUUUUUGCCUUAAAGUGAGAGAGGUGUGAAUCUUCCUUUUACCUGAACACUUAUAUGCCAAUGUAGGGUUAUUAUUUUAUUUCCAAUGUAGGGUUAUUAAGUGGCCUAACGGCUGGUGGUGGAGCAGUCAGUACACACACAAUAUUUAUCGAUUAAGUUCACCAUCUUAUAUGGGCACGGUUUGUGGAGCCCCAAAACAAUUACAAUAGUAACAUCAAAGAUCACUGACCACAGAUCAUAACAAAUAUAAUAAUAAUUUUAAAAGUUUGAAAUAUCGUGAGAAUUACCAAAAUGUGAGAUGCAUAGUGAGCAAAUGCUUUUGGAAAAAAUGAUGUCAAUAAACUUGCUGGAUGUGGGGUUGCCUCAAACCUUCAAUUUGUUAAAAAAUGCAAUCUGCAACGUAUAGUAAAGCAAAGCACAAUAAAAGAAGGCAUGCCUAUACCGAAGAUGUAAAAGGGAAUAAAUAGCAAAAAAAAGACACCACUCAAUUUGUGGUCUUUCAGUAGUCAGGUUACAUGUUCAUGUGCUCUUACCCAAACGUGACUUUCUAAAGUGUCCUGGUGGAAGCCCCCUGAUUUAAGAAUUUGAGAUUUCACAAAAUUCACAAAAGUUCCUAAAUCCUUAAAUGUACUAACAAGUUCCAGUAAAAAACAGUGGAAUAGGCUUAAAAUUGUGACUCAGUUUAAUUCUAUGUCAUAUUCUUUCUAACCAUUAUUCAUGAACAUUGUACUCCUGAUGACCAUAUUAAAGUUUCCAAGUAACUUUAAAGUAUUAUUAAAGACCCCAUGUACUUUGUCUUUCCGUGGUUUCUCUUCUGCAAUGGGCAAAAUUUAAGGUUAGGAUGUCUACCUCUACUCAAGUCUUCCCAUCUCCCCCACUUAAUUUUACUUUUUUAAAAGUAGACUUUAUUUUUUCAGACAAUUUUAGAUUGCAGAAAAACUGAGAAGAUAGUAUAGAAAGUUGCAAUAUACUCUGCAUCCAGUUUCCCCUAUUAUUGACAUCUUAUGUUAGUAUGGUACAUUGCUUCAAUUAAUGAAUUAUAAUUGAUACAUUAUUAUUACUGAGGCCCCAAUUGUUCAGAUGUUUUAAAUUUUAACCUAAUGUUCUUUUUCUGUUCCAGCAUCCCAUCCAGGAUAUUUUACAUUUAAUUGUCAUGUCUCCCUAGGCUCCUCUUGGCUGUGACAGUUAAGGUUCCCUUUUCAUAAUAAUUAUCAUAUUACUGUAAGUUAUUUGGUACUAUUCACUGUUGUGAUCAUGAAAUAGAAUGCAUAGUUAGUCCCUACACACAUAGUUUAAACAUCAGUAUAAUGACCUAACUAUUGAUAUAAUGAAGGAGUAAAACAAUAAAUAUUUAAUAUGUAGUUGCUUUUAUAAAUGCUCAGAUCUGCAUCAGAAAUCAUAAAAGUCAGAUACUUGUACCCAUUUAUAAUUCAAGAGCAAUAAGACAAGACUCUGGAAUAUUACUGACACUUUAUUUUUGACAUUUUGAAGUAAGAGCUAAAUAAAAAAAUACUCAUAUACACAUUUGGAAUUACUGGGCCUGUGACAGUUAUACAUUUGACAGGUGCUGGUGUAUUGAUUGCCAUGAGUGGAACUGGUGUCACUGUCUUGAUUUUCCAAAACGGUGAACAAAGUACAACCUUGCCUAGAUUUAUGCAGUAGUUGCAUUUACAGAAAAUCCAGUGUGUACUCAAAUGGUGCAAAAAAAUAUUUUGUCUAUAUGGAAAACAGAGUUAAAGUUCUAAUGUAAUUAGAAGCACAUUUUAACCGCCCCAGAUGUCCAGUCUGACACACAAACAACCCCUGUGCUGCAAAAUCCUGCCCUGGAGGCACUUCCUGCGUCCUCCUCCAUCUCGCGUUAAACGCCACUGCCCCCUCCUCAUCAUUGCGAGAACCAAUCAAAGCACAUGCAAAUUUCCAAAACGCCCCCUAGGGGGCGGUACUGCUGUGGGCUGAGGUGCUAGACGGCUUAACAGGGGACUUGCCUUGAUUUCUUCCUUUGUAAAAUGAGGAUAGCAGUAGUUAAGGGAUGGAGACAGUGCACGUGAAAAACACUUAGCAAGGUGUCUAGCACACAGUACGUCCUCCAGAAUGUAAUAUAAUAUCUCCCAGUCAAUCAGCAGAGAUUGGGGGAACACUGUGUUCCCCCCAGAUAGAUGCGGGUGAGUGAAGAUGGGAAUCAGGCAAGCACCACAUUCCCUGCCUCCAACAUGAAAUAAGGAGUGAAUUAUUAAACACAGCUCACAAAAAGGAGAGCCCGGGGAGAGCUGGAGUCAGAGAAAUCUUUCUGGAGGAGAGAUUGGCUUAUUGAGCCAGGGCAGCUGGGUACUUGAAGGAAAAUAUAUUUAUCUCAUGAAUAAUAAAUAACUCCUAAACCCUUACGUCUCAGAGCGUGGUCUUCAGACUAGCGGCAUCAGCAGUGCCUGGAGGUUUGUUAGAAAUCUUAGCUGUUACCCUAGACCCACAGAGUUAGAAUCUGCAUUUUAACAAGAAUCCCAGGUGUUCAACUGCACAUUCACUGUUGCGAUGUGCUGGCCUAGAGAACCAACUGAGGAACUAGAGGAAAGAACAAUAAUACUUUAUCCUUUGAGAGAACACAGACCUUGGGUGCUUGUGUGAGAGGAAUAGAGAGAGUGAGAGAAAAGUUCAGAUUGUGGAGGGUAGUAAGGUAGUGAGAAUCUCAAAGGUGGUCCUAGAGCAAUCAAUCUAUAUCAGAAUGUGUGUUAUUCAAAUGAAGAUUCUCUGCCAGAUCCCAGAUUUACUGAAUCAGAAUCUCAAAGAACAAGGAAUCAGCAUUUAAAUAAAUAAAAAAAAAAGCUUCCCCAGAUGAUUUAAGAAUGGGGAGGGACUAACACACCAUUGUAAAGCAAUUAUACUCCAAUAAAAACGUUAAAAAAAAAAAGAAUGGGAAGGGAGCUUUAGAAAAUACCCACAUUAUCACCUGUGAUAUUAGAAUCUCUAGCAGCAGGUGAGUCCUGGGUAUUUUUGUUUGUAAGCUCCCCAGGUGAUUCUUAUGUUUGAGAGCCAUUGAUGGAUUAAAUGCGAAAACCUGGAGGAAAACAGUCUGGGUGGGAGAGAGUAACAGAGGUGUGUGUGUUGGGGUGUCUGCAAGUACCCGAAGUCUGUCUACCUCAGAAGAGAGAAGCAAGACCAGUGGGUAAAAAUUUUCGUUGUUUUUUUGUCCAAAGAAUCAUAGCGUUUUUCUUUGCUUUUUUUCCCCUUCCUUUCCUCCCUCCCUUCCUAGCAAGAAGGGGCCUUUGAAACGCCCUAGUCCCAACUCUUUCCGUUUGUAGUUAGAUGAGUGGUCCGAAAGGUAACGUGAGCUGGCCAAGGUCAACUCAGAUAUUCUCAUUCCAACCCUACAACAGCAACAAAAUAAAAUGAGACCCUCUUCCCAGUGCUAGUGCUGUUUCCACUGCACGACAAAGGCAUUUAAAUCCCGCUCCGGUUUCCAUCGCAGGCAAAGCGAGAAUGAGAAAGGAAACUGGUUACUCUUCAGAAAACGGGGUGCCGUUCCCCACAGUAGGCAGGCUUUAAACGAGGAAUUGGCAUUUUAGAGAACUCAUUAAAUCUGAAGACUGAUUAUACAUAGGAAGGUGAAAUCUAGGUUCGUGAAUUUGAAUGUUGCUAUUACAUUCAAGCUGAAUCUGACAAAUGGCUGAUCCCCCCUCGGCACCUCUCCGAGCUACACCGCCGGGCGUGGGUCCCGGAGUAGACGAAUUCGCCGCCUCGCUGCGGAGAUGAGCCCGACGGCGCAAAGGGACGACCUCCGCGCGCUCAGAGGUGGGGACAGUUGGUCGCGCCAAGAAAGCCAGGGGAGGGCUUCUUGUAGGAGGGAGGCUUCCAUCUGAGGCCUGAAGUACGGGCAAGACUCGGCUACUCAGAGGGGAAGGAGAGAGCCGGCUGGGACCAAGGCCCAGGGGCAGUCGCAAGGAGGGCGGGGUGGGGUCCAAACAUCUUCUAGAACGCCCUGUGGUCCUAAGAUACCCGGCCCCCUUAAGUUGGCGCUGGAGGGCAAUCAAAGCUCCUAGAAGAAGGCCCGACACGGAUGGGCUUGGGGGCAGGUGAACCUCGUUUUCCCGGGAUGGGCGGUGAGGAUGGCAGCCCAGGCAGGAGACCCUCCAUAGUCUCUGAAGCCUGUGCGACUCCAGAGGAGAAAGAUGCCAAAUUAGGGCGCUGAUGGCUUUUCUACCCAAGCGCGGCCGCAGGCUUCUAGGACGGUAAAGGAGUGGGGUCCGGGGUCGGGGGCGGUCUCCUCUGGUCACCAUCCCGCGGCACGAGUGGGGCAGGUCUCCUGUCACACCCUCACCAGGCCCUGCCCCGGCCGCCUGCUAGUCACGGCUCUCCCAGUCGUCCUCCCACACCGCCGAGCCUCCGGGUAUCAGGCCUGGCCGCAUCCCUCCCUUCCCACCGGCCUCGGAGCGCCGGCUCCGGCGCCCGUGCCUCGGGGCGGGUCCCUGCCGCACGCACCUGCCCCCGGGGGCGGAGCGCGGCGCCGACGACUGGGCUCCAGGCUCUGCCACCCGCCACGCGAGCCGCGCCGCGCCCGCACCCCCCGCCCCCUGCCACCGCCGCACCUCCAUUCCGCGGCGCCCGCCCUCCCUCUCCGCGCGGUCGGUGCGUCCCUCCGCCUGUUCCCAGCCGCUGCGCCUCGCACUUCUGACUCGAGUACCCGCCGCGCUCGUCGUCGCCGCCCCGCGCCAUGGAGCCGGCCGCGGGCAGCGAGCGCCGCAGCCCCCCGGGCCCUGCCGUCCCGCCACCGCCCCGGGUCCACGCGCCCUUGGCCGCCGCCCCCGGCCCGGGCCCGCUGAGCUCCCCCGCGCACGAGCCGCCGCAGCCCGAGGAGGAGCGGCAGCUGCGGAUCAGCGAGAGCGGCCAGUUCAGCGACGGGCUGGAGGAUCGAGGCUUACUAGAAAGCAGCACUCGGCUAAAACCCCACGAAGCCCAGAACUACAGAAAGAAGGCGUUGUGGGUCUCCUGGUUCUCCAUUAUUGUCACACUGGCCCUGGCGGUGGCUGCCUUUACUGUCUCCGUUAUGAGGUACAGCGCCUCUGCUUUUGGGUUUGCAUUUGAUGCCAUCCUUGACGUCCUGUCUUCUGCGAUCGUCCUGUGGCGUUACAGCAACGCGGCCGCUGUACACUCUGCCCAUAGGGAAUACAUAGCCUGUGUCAUCUUGGGGGUGAUAUUCCUUCUGUCAUCCAUAUGCAUAGUGGUCAAAGCCAUCCAUGACCUCUCGACUAAGCUGCUUCCGGAAGUGGAUGAUUUCCUGUUCAGCGUCUCCAUUUUAAGUGGGAUCCUUUGCAGCAUCCUGGCUGUGCUGAAGUUCAUGCUGGGGAAGGUUCUGACCAGCAGAGCCCUCAUAACCGAUGAUGAUGACGGCGUUUAUUUUUGGCAAGAGCCCUGGCUUUAACAGGCAGAUGGAACAAGCAUGUGGGCCUGGGUGGGGUGCGGACAGCGGCUCAGAGGUGAGUGACCGAUGGGGCCUCGUGUGCCUCGUUAGGAAGAUGGGGGGCCUGUGGGCUCAGUGUCCUUCCUGGGGAAUAGCUGCUGCUAGGAAGCCUCUGAAAUUCUGAAGGAGGCCGCAGGGUGGGUACGGAGUCGUCCCCCAGUCCGGGUGUGCCGUUUCCAGUGUCCCCGCACAGGCUCCUAAGAGGUGCAGCUGAAAUGCGUCAGGCUCUGUCACAACCACAGGUCGGCAGAGCGGAGCAGGUCAGAGACUCCUGGAAGGUGUGGGUGAACAGGGUGAAAGUUCCACCAGCUGUGAACCAUCCAGAGUCUGCAUGGGGUGGGUGGGUCCCCCCACUGUGGAAAGGAGAGGCUGGUGGGUCCUGGGCUGGCAGAGCCCGGUGACUUGGUGCAGUGAGUGGACAUCUAGUGGCUGUCUGGGGGAACCUCCCACCCUCUGCAGCCUUUCUGAGCUCCUCCGGGCUUCUCUGGGGGCCCCGGGGGCCCACUGGUACCCACGACAAAGACGGAGAAAGAAGAAUGAAGGAUUCCAGUCUGCCCUGGGGCAGCAGCCAUCUCUAGCUCGUCUCUGCCAUUUUCCUGUAGCCACCCCCCAAAACAGAAUUCCCCCAACUUGAUGCCUGAGAGGUAAACUCCAGCCCAGGUAGCCCCUUGACAGGGUAGUGGUCUCUGUGGACGCUUUUGGUGGCCUUCUGAGAAAAGGCGUGGGCUGCAGAGACUUCUUUUAAGAGGACUGGUCUGAUUCCAUUUGUUAAAAAGAACAGGGAGAUUCGAGGGACAGCCAGACGUAAGAGGGUAAAUGGCAGCCUCUACUAAUGGGAGAGGGGAAGUAUCUUGAUGAUCCUGAUGUAUCAGGAGACAGGAGAGAAAUAUGGCCUCCCCCGUCUCAGAGUGGGCCCACCGUCCCCCUCCUUGGGGAGAGAUGGAAGCAGAAUUGAGGGUGUGAUAUGCAGAGGCCGAAACCAUGGGCAGGACAGAGAGGGGGGGAGCUCCAAAGCGCUCUGUGUGCGAGGAGCUGGGAGAGACUCUGCGGUGACAAGGGCGGAGUGGAGUCAGCUACAUGAGCCGCACGGCCAACAGAGAAGGGGAGCACGCU